AUGGUGCUCAAGGGCGGCGAGGUUGCUGAGCACAACAGCGCUGAUUCAUGCUGGGUCAUUGUUCAUGGUAAAGCAUAUGAUGUUACAGAGUUUCUACCAGAGCACCCUGGAGGCAAGAAGAUUAUCCUCAAGUACGCUGGUAAAGAUGCUACCAAAGAAUAUGAACCUAUCCACCCUCCCGAUACUCUAGACAAGUACCUCGAUGCCUCUAAGCAUCUUGGUCCCGUCGAUAUGGGCACCGUCCAGGAGGAGGCCGCGGAGGCAGACCCCGAGGAGGAGGAGCGUCUUGAGCGCGUUGAGCAAAAGCCUCUUUUGUCGCAAUGCUACAACUUAUUCGACUUUGAGGCUGUCGCUAGACGCGUCAUGAGCAAGACUGCGUGGGGAUACUACUCAAGUGCUGCUGACGAUGAGAUUACAAUGCGAGAGAACCACAGCGCAUUCCACCGAAUUUGGUUCCGUCCUCAAAUUCUUGUUGACGUUGAACAUAUCGAUUUCUCGACGACAAUGCUCGGCACAAAAACUGACAUCCCAGUCUACGUGACAGCCACAGCCCUUGGCAAGCUGGGUAACCCAGAAGGUGAAGUCGUUCUCACCCGCGCCGCAGCCAAGCACAACAUCAUCCAGAUGAUUCCCACCCUGGCAUCCUGCUCAUUCGACGAAAUCGUGGAUGCCAAAGCCGGUGACCAAAUUCAGUGGUUGCAGCUCUACGUCAACAAGGAUCGCUCUAUCACCAAGAAGAUCGUCCAGCAUGCUGAGAAGCGUGGUUGCAAGGGCCUUUUUAUCACUGUUGAUGCGCCACAACUUGGUCGUCGUGAGAAGGAUAUGCGAUCCAAGUUCACCGAUCCUGGAUCGCAUGUCCAGGAGGGUACCGAUACAGAUAACAGCCAGGGCGCUGCGCGAGCUAUUUCAACCUUUAUCGACCCUGCACUGAGCUGGAAGGAUAUCGCUUGGUUCCAGAGUAUCACCUCCAUGCCCAUUAUCCUCAAGGGUGUUCAGCGUGUUGAGGAUGUUCUAAAGGCAAUUGACUACGGCUGCCAGGGUGUCGUUCUCUCUAACCAUGGUGGUCGCCAGCUCGAGUUUGCGCGAUCCGCUAUUGAAGUCCUCGCCGAGACCAUGCCCAUCCUUCGCGAGCGCGGUCUCGAGAACAAGAUCGAGAUUUUCAUCGAUGGCGGUAUCCGUCGCGGAACCGAUAUCCUCAAGGCGCUCUGCCUCGGCGCUCGCGGUGUCGGUAUCGGACGACCUUUCCUCUACGCCAUGAGUGCUUACGGUGAGGCUGGUGUUGCUCGCGCUAUGCAGCUGCUCAAGGAUGAACUUGAGAUGAACAUGCGACUUAUCGGAGCGAGCAAGAUCGAGGAUCUACAUCCUGGUAUGCUUGAUCUUCGAAGCUUGUUCCAGCACUCUGCUGUGCCAUCGGAUAACCUGUCGUCUACUGUGUACGAUCCUCUGGCUGUGCCUGCGCAGAGACCCAAGGCUGGACCUAAGCAAGAAGCCAUCAAAGCGAAGCUGUAG